AUGGCCGCCAUCUCAGGAGCUUCUUCGAUCUUCCUCCGCUCUUCUCCGCCUCGCUCUCAUCAAAAUCUCGCAUUGUCCAGGACUAAUGGUUUGAGGUCAAUUUCACUUUCUGAUCACGAAAGAAAUUCCCUUUCUUUCGGGUUGCAGCAACGUUCAGUACGCCUUUCUGUUUCCUGCGCUGCCAAGCCAGAAACAGUGGAAAAGGUGUGUACGAUAGUAAGAAAGCAGCUUGCAUUACCAGAUGACUCUGCAGUUACCGGCGAGUCAAAAUUUGCAGCUCUUGGAGCUGAUUCUCUUGAUACGGUUGAGAUUGUGAUGGGACUUGAGGAGGAAUUUGGUAUUAGCGUGGAAGAGGAUAGUGCUCAGAGCAUUGCAACAGUGCAGGAUGCUGCCGAUCUUAUUGAGAAGCUCAUUGAGAAAAACAAGGCUUAG